CACAAGAGCAAUAUCUCGCGCCCACUUGUGUUGGUAGCUUUUCUCCCUCCCAAAACCCCUAAGCCCCAACCCCAACACCAACCUCAGACACCCUUUUCCGCCAUUGAAGGCUUGAAGCUCCUUAAACCCCAAACGCCGCAAUGAACGCUACUUAUACUCCUACUUAAUCAAAGUCGUAGCUCCGAGAGAUGCUUCUUAGGCAUCGCACCUCUCUCCGUGGUCUCUUCGUCUCCAACUCCCCCUGUCCCAUUAUGACCUCCAAGCACUUCCUCAACUUCAAACCCACAACCUCUUCAUUCAAUUAUCCCGACAACAAAACCAACCUCUACCCUGCUCACAAAUUCAUUUCCUCUACUUUUCCCUCAAAAUCAUCCCCCAAAUUGGUUCCUUUAUCCCUUAAACCAUCUAACUUAUCCUUUUCUUCCCACGCUAGUAUCCCCAGACCAGUUUCUGAAGCAUAUUUGGAGAAGGCUGAUGAUGAAAUAAUAAUCGAUACCCCACAGCUAAAGGCACUUGAAGUGAAAUUGAAGGAGAUUGGAAUAGUCUCUGAAUCUUUUAGUCCUGGACAGAAAAAUGGCUUGAUUUGCCCCAUGUGCAAAGGUGGCGACUCAGGGGAGAAGAAGCUCUCUCUCUUCAUUUCUGAUGAUGGUAAUUCAGCUGUGUGGACUUGUUUUCGAGCCAAAUGUGGAUGGAAAGGGAGCACACGAGCUUUUGCAGAUGUUAAAUCAAGUUACAAACGGAUGAAUGCACUCCCCAAAGUGAAAAAGAUUAAGGAACUCUCAGAACAUGAAUUGAAUUUGGAACCUUUGUGCAAAGAUUUAGUUGAAUAUUUUUCCGAAAGAAUGAUAUCUGAAGAGACAUUACGGAGAAAUCAUGUCAUGCAAAGAAGAUAUGAAAAACAGAUUGUUAUUGCAUUUACUUAUAGAAGAAAAAAAGAACUUGUUAGUUGCAAAUACAGAGAUAUCUCAAAGAAAUUCUGGCAGGAAAGUGAUACUGAAAAGAUAUUAUAUGGACUUGAUGAUAUAGAAGGAGCAAGUGAUAUCAUCAUAGUGGAGGGCGAAAUGGACAAACUUGCAAUGGAAGAAGCUGGUUUUAGAAACUGUGUGAGUGUUCCUGAUGGAGCUCCUCCAAAAGCUUCCUCUAAAGAUUUACCUUCUCAAGAACAGGAUGUGAAAUACCAAUAUUUAUGGAACUGCAAAGAGUAUCUGGAAAAGGCGACUCGUAUAAUACUUGCUACUGAUGCGGAUCAGCCUGGUCAAGCCUUAGCUGAAGAACUUGCACGUCGCCUUGGAAGAGAAAGGUGUUGGAGAGUGACAUGGCCAAGUAAAAAUGAAAAAGAGCAAUUUAAAGAUGCUAAUGAGGUUCUGAUGUUCAUGGGUCCAGCUGUAUUAAGAGGAGUUAUUGAAAAUGCAGAAUUAUAUCCAAUUAAAGCUUUAGAUGAUUUAUAUAAUGUUGUUCCUGGAGAGUUGACUUUAGUCACUGGAGUCCCGAAUUCAGGAAAGAGUGAGUGGAUUGAUGCAUUGUUAUGUAAUCUUAAUGAAAAUGUUGGUUGGAAAUUUGCACUUUGCUCUAUGGAGAAUAAGGUUAGAGAGCAUGCAAGGAAACUUCUUGAAAAGCACGUGAAGAAGCCGUUCUUUGAUGUGAGGUAUGGAAAAUCUGUUGAAAGAAUGAGUUUGGAGGAUUUGGAGUUAGGAAAAAAAUGGUUGAGUGAUACUUUUCAUCUCAUAAGGUGUGAGAAUGAUUGCCUACCAAGUAUUGAAUGGGUUCUUCGCCUUGCAAAAGCUGCAGUCCUUAGACACGGUGUCAAUGGGCUUGUGAUUGAUCCAUAUAAUGAGCUUGAUCAUCAACGACCUCCCAACCAGACUGAAACAGAAUAUGUAAGUCAAAUGCUGACAAGUAUCAAACGGUUUGCUCAACACCAUUCAUGCCAUGUUUGGUUUGUGGCACAUCCUAGACAGUUGCAACAAUGGAAUGGAAAACCUCCAAAUCUUUAUGAUAUUAGUGGAAGCGCACAUUUUAUAAACAAAUGUGACACUGGAAUUGUUAUUCAUCGGAAUCGGGAUCCAGAGGCAGGUCCAAUGGAUCGAGUGCAGAUUUGCGUGCGAAAGGUACGAAAUAAAGUCUCAGGAACAAUAGGUGAUGCAUACUUGAAAUAUAAUAGAGUAACUGGUGAAUAUUUGGACAUCAAGGAGACAAUGAACAGGAACUGAAGGACACUUCUAUUCUAAUUCUAAUCCAUCUUUUUUGUUUUUCUUUUAUGUAUCUUUUUUUAAAACUUUGUAAGCAUAGUAAUUUGAUGAUUUUCAUGUGCAAAUAUGUUGAAAGACAUUG